AUGGCGACUCUCGUACCCCCUCCGAGCAAGCGCCAAAAGCUGGAGACUGCGGAAAAGGCACGACUUCAGCAGGAAAUCGAGAGCAUCCCGGACAACUUGGGAAGCGUCCGAGUACAAUUCUUUGAUCAAGCAACCGGGUCCGCAACUGGUCCUUCAGUCUCCGUUCCAGUGGCUGACGCCAACAUCAAGAAUCUCGAAACUCUCUUGAAUACACUACAAGGCAAUGACGAUGACGAACGAGUACCGUACCGAUUCACCUACCAGUCUGACGACAAAGAUGGCCAAACGAUCGAUAUUCUUGCAGACCUGUACCAUUCCUUGCUUAAGCCAGGGCUGAAGACGACUGAAGAUACCAUCCACCUUUAUUUCACGCCGCAGGCCGUUUUCCGGGUGAAAGCUGUUUCGCGAUGCUCCGCUUCGAUUGCCGGACAUGGAGAGGCAAUCCUUGCGACUUCCUUCUCCCCGGUCUCUUCGUCUACCAUGGUGUCUGGAAGUGGUGACUCGACGGCGCGGAUCUGGGAUUGCGACACAGGAACUCCCAAGCAUACGCUCAAGGGCCACACCAGCUGGGUUUUGGCUGUAGCUUACUCGCCCAACGGAGCAAUGAUCGCAACCGGAAGUAUGGAUAACACUGUGCGACUGUGGGAUGCGGCAAAAGGAACACCGUUAGGAGGACCCCUCAAGGGCCAUGCAAAGUGGAUUACCAGUCUGGCGUGGGAGCCCUAUCAUAUGCAGGAGGCGGGUAGGCCGCGCUUAGCCUCCGCGUCGAAGGACUCGACGGUCCGCAUAUGGGAUGUGGUUGGGAAAAGAAUUGACACUGUCCUCACCGGACACAAGGGCUCGGUCACCUGCGUGCGCUGGGGCGGGACAGGGAAGAUUUACACUUCUUCCCACGAUAGAACGAUCAAGAUCUGGAACGCACAGAACGGUUCGUUGCUUCAGACAUUAUCAGCCCACGCGCACCGCGUGAAUCACCUGGCGUUGUCAACGGAUUUCGCUCUCCGAACGGCCUACCAUGACCACACCGGCAAGAUCCCGGAGUCGGACACGGAGAAGGUGGCUACAGCGAAGAAGCGCUUCGAGCAGGCUGCCACCGUCAACAAUAAGAUCGUUGAGAAGCUGGUAUCGGCGAGUGACGAUUUCACCAUGUAUUUGUGGGACCCCGAAAACUCUAGCAAGCCUGUCGCGCGGCUGCUGGGUCACCAGAAGGAGGUCAACCAUGUUACGUUCUCUCCGGACAUGGCCUACAUUGCCUCAGCGGGUUUCGACAACCAUGUGAAGCUUUGGAAUGGACGGGAUGGAAAAUUCAUCACCACUCUCCGUGGCCAUGUAGGCGCUGUAUACCAGUGCUGCUUCUCCGCCGAUUCUCGCCUGCUCGUGUCGUCAUCGAAGGACACCACCUUGAAGGUCUGGAACGUCCGCACAGGCAAACUCGCCAUGGACCUGCCGGGACAUAGAGACGAAGUCUUCGCCGUUGACUGGAGUCCAGACGGACAGAGAGUGGGCAGUGGAGGAAAGGACAAAGCUGUGCGGAUAUGGACCAACUAA